AUGCCCGAACGAAGAAUCCUCCUCGUCGGAAGACGGGACUCGGAAAUCCUCCAAUUCCUUGAAGCCCUCACCGGUUCCCUCCCCUCCCACCAAACCGCAGAUUCCCACGCAGGAUUAACCCACUCCCUCACACUGAAAACCCAAUACUACACCUCCACAAUCCCCAUCUGGAUCGAUGAAAUCCUAUCCCCGACAGAAUGGUCGACAGCCUACUCCUCCCCGGAAGCCAAAGAAGUACGACAAGUCCUCGGUGCGAUAAUAUAUUGUUUCAAAAAACCCACCUCUGAUUCCGAAAUAUCCGACAGUAUCAAAGAAGAUAUGAAGGGAUUGGAAAAAGUUGUCAAGGCUUGCGGGUAUAGUUGGGAUGGAGUUUGUUUGGCGGUUACGAUGCCUCAUAGUAUUCAACCGCAGGUUGAAAAGGCGGCCGAGGAGUGGGAGGAGUUUAUGAUGGAUUUUGGGUUUGAGUUUGUGGACUUUGAGUCGAAGGGGAGGAAUGAUUAUGGAGAACCUACUGGCAUGGAAAGAUUAAAGGAAGCCUUGGAAGCCAACGAUUGGAACGCUCCACUAUCAUUCGGACUCGACGACCUAGACGACGAUGAACUCGACGAACUAGCAGGAGAAGAUCCAGUCGACCAAGAUGGAAAUGUGAGAAAUGGGUUAAAACUCGAAGCCAACGAAAUGGAACAAGAAAUGUUCGGUCUCCAUCAAGCCAUCUUAGAGGAAACGGGUGAAGGUGACGACGACGAUGACGACGAAGAAAUACAAGUUGAGAACCUGGAGGCUGCUAUGCAGAGGUUACAGACUGUCAAAGAUAUGGUCGCAGAGCUCCCCGACGACCAAAAACGAGUCUUCGCAGCCAAAGCCGUCGCCGAAGUCAUGAAAACCCUCUAG